AUGGAGCGCGAAGCGCUGGCGCGGCUCAUCCUCGACCAGCUGCCACGAUUCCGGUCGCGGCUGUACCUAGCCGACGCGGAGGCGCUCGCCCAGCUGCUGCGACGGUCGCCGAUGGCGGAGGUAAUGUCGGGCGACUACGCGUGGUCGCUCUGUUUCGAGCCCGCGUUUGUUGCUUCGCUGUGCUGGGAGGGCUUCCUUCCGAUCUGCAGCGAGCUGGGCGGCAACGGCGCGCCCGGACUAUUCGUGCUGAUGCCCAAGCUACACACACACCGUUGCGUGCUCGAGCCGUCGGCCAUGCACAUCCCUCGCAAGGUGCGCAAGCGCGCCUCUGCAUAUCGGCUCACCGUCGGGCAAGCCUUUGAAGCGGUGGUCGACGGGUGCGCGGCGCAGCACCGGCCAUCUUGGCUCUUCCCGCCGCUGCGCGCCGCCCUCUCCGCCCUCUCCGCCCCCUCCUCCCUCCGCGGCGUCGGCGGCGCCACCCCGUGCUUCGUCACCUUUGAGCUGUGGACCCGGCCUCCCGACGGGUGCACCGAGCCGGCGCAGCUGGUCGCCGGCGACCUCGGCUGCGUCGUCGGUCGGAGCUACACGUCCUUCUCGGGCUUCCACACGGCGAGCGGCUCCGGGUCGGUGCAGCUCGCCCUCACCGGCGCCUUGCUCCAGCGCGCCGGCUUCGGCUGGUGGGACCUCGGCCAGGAGCACGGCUACAAGAGCGGGCUCGGGGCGGCCGCCGUGCCGCGCUCUCAAUUCUUGCGAACCUUCCGGCGGCUGCGCGCCGAGCGGAACCGGCUUGCCGAGGUCGUGGGGCCCGGUGGCGACGCGUCCGAGGCGAGCGCCCUCCCUCCUCGCGCGUCGGCGGAAGCUGCCGCAGCAGCCGCGGCGGCCGACGGUAAAGCGCCUUGA